CAGAAUUUUACUUUGGUAUACAAACUCAAUACACAAGUCUCAAGAUGGCUGCAUUCUCCCGAUUGGCAGCAGCCGCUCAGCUGGUUGCUGUUUUAUUCUCACCGGUUCUUGGCGCGGCUACCGAAAAGCCCUAUGACUAUGUCAUUGUAGGUGGUGGUGUUACUGGAUUGGUUGUGGCCAACCGUCUUAGCGAAGACAGGUGCAAGACUGUCCUCGUCAUUGAGGCAGGCGACAAUGUCGAUACCCCCAACACCAGGAUCCCCUGGAAGGCCAAUGAUCUCACCGCAGCCAACGGGCUCAUGUGGGAGAAUAUCAAUUCCAUGCCUGAGCCGGGUCUCGGCAAUACAUCGUAUCCUGUCGUUGUUGCAAAGGUUCUAGGCGGUGGCUCGGUCAUUAAUGGUAUGAUAUACGACCGCGGUUCGGCCGCUGAUUACGAUACCUGGGCCGCUCUAGGCAACAAAGGAUGGGGCUGGGAAGACAUGCUUCCUUACUUCAUCAAGGGCACUACAUUCCAGCCCCCUACACCUGCUGUUGCCGAGUCAUUCAACAUCACGUGGGAUCCUGCCGUAUACGGCCGUGGCCCCCUCACCGUAUCCAUCACUUCCAACCAGUACGAGGAUAUCAAGAGCUACUGGGCGGCAUGGAAGGCUACUGGUAUCUACGCUCCUGAGGAUGGUAACGCUGGUGAAGCCCAUGGCCCCUCGUGGUACGCCAACACCAUGGAUGCGAGAACCGGACGUCGCGCCCAUGCGCGUUACGCAUACUACGACCCCAUCCAGUCACGUCCCAACCUGCACAUCCUUACGGGCACCACGGUCAACAAAGUCCUCUUUGAUGGCAGGAAGAAGCCCAUGGCCACGGGUGUUGAGGUGACCGACAAGACGGGAAGGACUACUACUUUCUGCGCCUCCAAGGAAGUUGUGCUUGCAGCUGGUGCCAUUCAGACCCCCAAGCUCCUCCAGCUCAGCGGCGUUGGUCCCAGGGCUGUCCUGGAAGCAGCGGGCAUCAAGACCAAAGUCGAGCUUGACGCUGUCGGGUCUAACUUCCAGGACCACCCUUGGGCGACUAUUAUUUUCAACACGACUUCAAAUUACUUCCCAGCCCUCACCUCGAUCAACACCAACGCUACUUUCAACGCUUCUGCUUGGAAGCAGUACGAAGCCAACAAGACUGGGCCGUACACGUAUGCUCGCGGCAACUCAGUUGCCUUUAUCUCGCUGCCCGACAUGACCAACAACAGCCAGGCGCUCAUUGACGCUUUGAACAGGCAGACUGCCACCGACUACCUUCCCAGCAUCUACAAGACUAACAAGAAGCUCGCCGCGGGCUAUGCCAAGCAGCGCAAGCUUAUUGCCGACAUUUUUAGCCGCAAGGAUGCUGCUGUGGCCGAGUUCCCUGUCCCCGCCGAUGGCAGCUUUGGCCUCAUUGGUGUGGAGAAGCCGCUCUCACGUGGCACCAUCCACAUCAAUGCCAAGAACCCCAACGGACCUCCGGAUGUGUCGUACAACGCCUUUGUCAAUCCGAUUGACAAGCAGAUCCUGUCGAUCGGAUUGCGCUUCUUCCGCACCGUGUGGGGCAGUCCCGAGCUGGCGAGCCACAAGAUCACCGAGACUGUGCCAGGUGCGCAGUACACUACUGACAAGGCAAUCUUCGACGCUCUCUAUGCGCAGAAGAUGCUGUCGCCUACUCUUGUUCACCCCUCGGGCUCUUGCGCCAUGAUGGCGGAGAAGGACGGUGGUUGUGUCAAUGACAAGCUGAUGGUGUAUGGAACACAGCAUCUGUCUAUUGUCGACGCGUCCAUUAUUCCCAUCAUCCCGUCCUGCCAUCUCCAGGCUACCAUGUACGGCAUCGGCGAGAGGGCUGCGGAUAUCAUCAAGGCGAGGCAGAGGGGGCACUAAUAGAUUACUAAUGGAUUGAGGGGGCAUAUUUCUUGUACAUACUUAGGCUUUAUUUACCCAGUUUCUC